AGUGAGUCGAGGUCCAGUGACAAAGAGAGUACGUUUGUGAUUACACUUAAACCUACGGAAGCUACAAUGACAGAUUUAAAGCCGGUAGAAAUAGAGAAAGCCCGAGAUCAUUUUGAAAUCUAUGAUUUCGAAGGACAGGGUAAGAUAGACUGUAAAGAUCUUGGAGAUUUACUUCGGUCGCUGGACACUCGCCCAACUAUCGCGACAAUCACCAAAAAUGGUGGCACAAAAAAGAAAGGAGAAAAGAUGCUCACUUUUGACGAAUUCUUACCAAUCUACAGUCAGGUGAGGAAGGAGAAGGAACAAGGAACACAUGCGGACUUCAUGGAAGGUCUGAAAGUUUAUGAUAAAUCAGAAAAUGGUACCAUGUUAGCAGCUGAGCUGGCUCAUGUACUUCUUUCACUAGGUGAGAGGCUUUCAGAUCCUGAGGUUGAUGAAAUUGUGAAGUGUUGUGCUGGCACAGAAGACGAGGAUGGUUUCAUUAAAUAUGAACCUUUCGUCAAGGCAGUUAUGGCGGGACCCUUUCCUGAAGAAGCUCAGUGAAGAGCAGCAGCAAAUGACAUUUCUAGCAUCAGGCCUUAAAUUUGACGAGAAGAUCGUUCUAUUUAAUUCAUAUUCCUGUUGAAUAUAAGUAUAUUUAUUACAGUCUCAUAUAUUUCCUUGGUUAAUUGGAAACGCUGAACAGUUGCCUAAUAAAUUUGCUUUCCUUAUUAAUUUUGGUUGUAACUUGUAGGAACUUCAAAUAAGCGUACUUUAAAAUUUCAUGAAAUAAACUUAAUUUAAAUUUAUAAUCUCGUAAAAA